AUGGAAUUAUGGAAGUCGAUAGGCCUCACGAGUCACCGGUUCUGUGGGAAUGUCAUGAAUGGUGGGAACGUCAGGGUUGGCAAGGAGAUCGGGAACGGUGGGAAGAUCGUCAACGCUCGCUUCAAGAGGCCUCGCCAAGUCGCCGAUCUUGAGGUGAGAUACCCUACCCGUAAACUAACUGGCGAUGCGAAGAGAUGGUGGCAAUCUAGGAAGGACCUACUUAUAUUAGACUUGAGGUCAGAACAUGCCGUCACUUGGGAAAUCUUUAGGGAUGAAUUCCACAAGCAAUUCUUUCAUCGAGUGGUGCAGGAGGCAAAGGCCAAGGAAUUUAUGGACUUAGUUCAAGGGAGCAUGGCGGUAAUAGAAUAUGCGACUAAGUUCAUCCAAUUAUCGAGAUUUACUGUAUACCUCAUUCCAGACGAGGAAAAGAAGGCCAAGAAUUUCAAGAGAGGCCUUAGCCCGAGUGUUAAGACCAUGAUGAGAUGCUUCGACAUCCAUUACUUUACUCAAUUAGUGGACGGUGCCUCGAUGUACGAAGAGAGCUUGAAGGAAAAUGCAGCGGCCCUUGCAGAGCACACGAAGAGGACUUUUGUUCUGGGAGUUUCUUCUUGA